AUGCAUAAACCAGAGAAAGAAAUACACAGCAGCUCACGCCUCACUUUCUCUCUAUAUCUCUUCUUCGGCUACGCUUCCUCCAGAUGGUGUCUCAAAGAACUUGACGAGAUUGUUAAAUGUAAGAACACGUAUGAUCAGAUCAUAAUACCAGUCUUCUAUGACGUAGAUCCAUCUGAUGUCAGGAAUCAAACUGGGGAUUUUGGAAAAGCAUUUUCUGAGCUUGAAAAGCGUUUUAUGGAUGUUGCAGAGAUUGAGGACUGUUUUGAGAACCUAAGAUUCUUGAAAUUUUAUGGGUCUGAACACGAAAAGAAGGUGUCUGAAUCUGAUUCCUCUGCAUUGCGCCAUAACUUAAUAUGCUUGAAAAGAAAAAACUGCAAUGAUGGAAAGAAGUUGCAUGGUUUUAAGAAACUCAAGUUUGAUUUCUAUGAGAUCAGGUACUUUUGCUUUCAUGGAUAUCCUGCCAAAUCAUUGCUGCCAAAUUUUAAUCCAAAGAACCUUGUUGCACUUUACAUGUCUAAUAGCAAAGUUAAAAAACUUUGGACUGGUAACCAGUUGCAAGGAUGCAAAAGCUUUGAUAAUCUUCCAAUUAGUUUUAAUUGCCAAUCUCUUCGAAAAGUUAAUCUCUCCAGUUGCUCAAAUCUCAAAACAAUUUCAUAUCUCCUUGAGACAAUUGCAGAGUUAUAUCUAGAUGGAACUGCAAUAGAAGAAUUGCUACCGAUAGAGCAUCUAUUCAGACUAGAGAAAUUGAGUCUUAGAAAAUGUUCAAGGCUUGAAAGGUUACCAGAGAGUAUUCGUGAGUUGAAAUCUCUUAAAUGUUUUUAUCUCUCGGGUUGUUCCAAACUUGAUAGAUUGCCUAAUGACAUGGGAAAUUUACAAACUCUAGAGGUAUUGGAACUGGAGGAAAUUUCUUUUGCAGAAGUACCAACAUUUAUGACAAGUUUGAUCAACCUGGAGACAUUAUCUUUGACAAGAUGUAAGAUGAAGAAGCGAUUAGGAAUACCACUCGUCGACUUAUUUAUCUUCCAAAAACUAAUAAAGCUAAAAUUGGUUGAUUGUUGCAUUGAAGUGUUACCCAACAAUAUUGGUCAAUUACUCUCACUGAAUUAUUUAUGUCUUGACCAAAACAAUUUAGAGACGCUACCAGAGAGCAUCAAAGACCUCUCUAACCUGCGAGGGCUUUCUUUAAGCAUUUGCCAGAGGCUUAAAUACUUACCAGAGCUUCCAAGCAGUUUACAGAUAAUGAUUGCAAUGAAUUGCGAAUCUCUUGAAUCAAUAUCAAGUUUACCAGCUAUAUUCCUACGUAUGGAAUCUUUUAUUGGGGAAAUCAACUUCUUCAAUUGUUUGAAAUUAAAAUUAGAGAUGACAGAUGCUCUCUUGACUAUUGAGAGAAGUGCAGCAAACUAUCUCUAUCAUCAAUUCUAUCACGGUAAAUUUCCAGAAGGUUGGGUCAAUGAUAACUUAACUAGUCUCGCUUUGUGUGCUGUUGCAUCAUUACAAGACUAUCAACAACUUAGAAUUUUUCGUGUUGGAUUUCACCUGAUUGUUGAUGGAGAGAUAAUUUUCUCUAGAAAUUUAAUUAACUCAUUAAGCUUUGGGCUUGAGUUUCUUAAAGGUGAGGACGUUAUUGAAUCAGAUCAUGUAUUCAUACGUUACAAUUACUUUAUGAAGUCCGUGGGAUUUCCUACAAUCAAUUUGAAUAGCCAGGGUGGUGUUGCGUUCUUUGUUGAAUAUGAAACUAAGAAUGGUAAGGUUUGA